AUGUCUCUUACACAAAGCUCUUUAUGGGCUGAAACAAGCCCCACAUGUUUGGUAUUAACGGUUUGCUACACUGUCUAUCUUUUUCUCUAUGUUGAUGACAUCAUUCUCACUGCUUCCUCCCCUAUUUUCAUCUCAAAGGUUAUUUCUCAGCUUUCUUCUGAAUUUCCCAUGUCUGACCUCGGAUCUCUCUCAUUCUUUCUUGGCAUUGCUACCACUCGUACCACUUCUGGACUUUUCUUAUCUCAAUCUUCCUUUGCUCAAGAGAUCAUUACUCGAGCUGAUAUGAUUGGGUGCAAUACUUGCAACACACCCGCUGACAGCAAAAGCAAGUUGGCGACUGGUGGUGAUCCGAUCUCUGAUCCUACAUUCUAUCGAAAUGAAGGUAGGGAGUAUGGCAAGUAUAAUCAAAACACAACAUCAGAGUUACCUGCUUCAAUUGAUUUCAAAGGAAUGGGUUUCUUGAUGGCAGUCUUGUUGAGCUUGCUUUGCUUAUCAUUUGGCUCCAAAAUCACAAGUGCUACCACCUACGAUGUAACAUCUUAUGGUGCAAAAGGAGAUGGAAAUACAGACGACUCCAGUGCUUUCCUUCGAGCAUGGGAUGAUUUAUGUGGAGAUCAGUCGCCAGAACCAACAUUGAUAAUACCAUCAGACAAGACAUUUUUGAUAAGCCCGGUGGCAUUCAAUGGUCCAUGCAAAUCCCCUACUGUAUAUGUUAUGCUGUUGGGCAACAUCACUGCACCAAAGACUUUCGAUGGAUGGAAAGAUUGUGUUCGGAAUCACUAUUGGAUUUACUUCACAUCUGUGCAAGGACUCAAGAUCCAAGGACCUGGGCAAAUUGAUGGUCAGGGUUCGAUUUGGUGGAAAGAGGAGGGGAAAACCACAACCAACACUUGCAAUCGCCCAACUGCUUUACAUUUUCAUUCUUGUAAUGGCCUUCAAUUGAGAGGUACAAUACAUAUAAACAGCCCGAAGCUACAUAUGAGUAUCAAUGGUUGUGAAGAUGUAGAUGUUGGAAAUCUUAAAAUUUUAGCUCCUGGGGAUAGUCCUAAUACUGAUGGGAUAGACAUUAGUGGAUCCUCACAUGUUUAUAUCCAUGAUUCUAAAAUUCAAACUGGUGAUGAUUGUGUUGCUAUUAACGGUGGGACGUAUGAUAUUAAUGUAACAAGAGUGUUAUGCGGACCGGGUCAUGGCAUAAGUAUCGGAAGCCUUGGGGAAAACGGUGGUCAUGACACAGUUGAACAAGUACGUGUGGAAAAAUGUAACAUCACAGGAACAAAAAACGGAUUACGAAUCAAAACAGUGCCUUAUGGAACGGGAUAUGCUAGGAAGAUUGUAUUUCAGGACAUUCAACUGGAAAAUGUUCAAAAUCCAAUUAUAAUUGAUCAACAUUACUGUAGUAAUCCGGAAGAUGCCUUUUGCCCAGCACCGCCAACGGCGACAGCUGUAAAAGUGAGCGAUGUUAUGUAUACGAAUAUAUAUGGGUCUUCGGCAACAAAGCAGGCUAUUACUUUCAAUUGCAGUGGAAAGUACAACUGUACUGAAAUCGUAACAAACGAAGUUGGAAUCACGGGACAUGAUGAAUUUUCUUACUGCCAAAAUGCUCAAGGAAAAUUUAUCGAUACCAACCCUCCUAUUAAAUGUUAUUAG